UCAUUUCCUGUUUUGAAGAGGCACUCGGUUGGCGCGCCUGUGCCUUGCUAACUAGCUUUGUGAAAGCUAUGUUGGAGGAAAGACAGCAGUCCAGGAAAUUACAAAGUGUAUUUGCAGUGCCUUCUGUAAAAGUAUAUAUGGAAGAACCAACAGGAAACAACAUGGAGAAGAUUUUCCUAGAUGAGAUGUAUGGAGAUCUCAGUUUGAAACAUUGUGACUCACCUGUAGUUAAUGAUGACGAUUCAGUGGAUAUUUACUCGGGGCUGGACCAGAGUCCCGGCAACAGUACAAAUGCAGAGACUGUUAGUACACCCAUCUUAUGCCAAAAAUUAAAAGAUUCAAUGGAUCUAUAUGAAGAAUUCAUCACUGAGGAGCAGCAGCAUAAAGAAUCUACUCACAAUGAGCUUAAGAGCAAACUGGACACAGCAGAAAACAAUGUUAAAGAAUUAAUAUGGAGACUGCAGCAAGCAGAAACACAGAAUGAAAAGCUGCUCAAUGACAACAUACAACUCAAGAAGAACAUAAGUGCCCUUAUUAAAACAGCCAAAAUGGAAAUUGGGCGCAAGGACGAGGAGAUCAACAGACUGAAUCAUAGGUCUGGUCGUUUUGGUAGCGGCCUUCCCUUUCCUCGAUCACAGAUCAACUUGCAAAGACGUGAACUUCCCAGACCAAACCCUGUAGGGACGUGUGGUCUAGCUGGAUCAGUACAAACACAAGAACACAGGGUUAGCUCUAUGCAAAAGGACCUCCCUGAACCAUCCCAGAAAGACAGAAAUGUUCCCGUUCACCGGCCCAAUGUUGAGGCUGCGGAUGCCCCGCUUUCGAACUCUUCAGUACAUGACAAAUCGAGGAGCGUGGGUACAGCCAUGGCGGCAUCCAGUAAACGUGCUAAUUUUGUACAUGUGAAUAACAGCAGAGAUUCUAGAAUUCUCCAUCCUGCUGGCAGGGAAGGAGAAACUCCAUCUGAGAGACAGUGUACAAGGAAUGAUGAUAGACUGCAGGUAAGCACUGUAACACAGGGACUUGCCUUCCAGGAAACAAUGAGUGGGAAGGGCGAGUCCACAGAGAAAAGAGACCCGCGCAGUUUUGAUGAAUCUGGUGUAAGCAGUGAAUGCAAGGUGAAGGAUGGAGGAGGAUGGAACUCAGAGCACCGGAAAGCAGGUCAAGAUCACGCCAAGCCAAGCAAAGGAAGCCACCCGCACACCGCUGACUUUUCAAGGAAAUCUGAGAAGGUCCACAGCCCCCCUCGUCAGAAGAGGCCAACUCUAGAAGCUUUGCACCACAGACCUUCCAACUCCCAUGCAUCAAAAGGGCGACACAAAGACUCAAAGGAUGCAGAGGCAAAAAGUAUUAGGGAGCGAAGGCGCAACCGUGACCAGAAUGGGCUGGACAGGAGUGCUGCAGAAUCCAGUGGCAAAGAGAGAAAGCAGCACAGCUCAAGCCAGAGUGGUGUUGAAGAGCGGUCAGGCUCCUCAUCCAGACGCAGGGGGGAGAGGAGUCCACCAAGGGACCAUCGGCGGAGAGAGGACAAGAGUUCCGGAAAUGAGGGCGGCGGGAGUAGGCAAGAGCGAAGCUCUAGGAUGGAGAAAAGCAAAGACCAGGAGUGGAAGAGGAGAAAAGAAAGUGAGAAAGGUCAGAGGGAUAGCUCUAGGAAAAAAGAUGAGUAUAGGAAAGAACCAGAAUCAGGGAGUCGUGAGAGUUUACGGCAUGACAAGCAGGCUGCCACUUCCAAUGCGCCGUGCAACAGGACAGAGAGCAACAGAGACCAGGCUAAGUACCCAGCUUCAGCUGGUCACGGGGACCGGACUAAGAACAGCAAAGACUCCAAAGUGACUGGUGAUAAGUGUGAUGGGGCAAAGCUCUCGGAUAAAAAUACUCAAAAUAAGAAGUUAAGUUUUAUGGAAACGCUGAACCUCACCCUGUCUCCAGUUAAAAAACCAAGACUUUCCUCUGAAGGUAAUGACCAAGCGAACAGACCAGCUGAAGGUGGCCAAGAAGAAUGUGAUCAGUUUAAUUUAGGAGAGGAUUACUGUGUCAUUGAUGAAGUGGAGAGUAGCCAUGAGUCCUUCCAGGAGAAGGUGGUACAAUGUUCUGUAAGCCCUGCAAGAGAGGAUGCUCAACAGCCAACACAAAAGUCUGAUUUUGAAGAGCCUGAAAAAGCACUUGAGCGAGUUGGUAACAAAACCCACUUACCAGAUGAGGUAAUGAUUGAGUAUGAAGAAGCAAGUCAUGGUGAAAACCACACAGAACUGCAAAGAGCUGAAGGUGAAACACCUCCUGCCUCCGACAAUCAGCCGUCCGGAUCUGCUCCGUUGGAGAAAAGCCCCAGUAAGGAGAAAUGUUCACUUUCAGAAAUUAAGGACAAUGAUCCUGAGGAAGCCACAAUUCUCAGCAAAUCGCAAGAUACUCACUCUGAGAAGCAGUCUGAAGCUUCAAUACUUCACCCCAUUUUAGCUCCAGCUGAUGCCCAUUUGAGCACAUCCAAUGAUCAGACUGGUCACUCUCCCUUUGAGACUCCACAUGCUGAAUCUGUCUUGACUAUGACCCAAGAUCCAGUUGGCAUCUAUAUGAAUACAUCACCUGGGAACAAAACCAGCGAUCACACCGCAUUGUGGAAUAGUCCAGUUCCUGCCCAGUCUGAAACGACUUCAGAGCACGUGGUUGGCCCUGUUUCCAUGGAAACAAAUCCCGAUUGUACCUUAUUAAUGGAAAAAGAUGGUGACGCGAGUACAGAUGCCGUUUCAAGCGCUGUCAACAUGCCACUAGAUACUUGUAUGGCUGAAGUUCUCUCUAAUUUCACAGAAGGACUUGUCAUUUCUAGUACAGAGCCAGAAAACGAGGUUAAAAAUUCUGCACCGGAGCAGAGCCUGUCAAAAGAUCACACUUUAGAAUCAUCUGGGGUGAGCAGGACGUUCACAAUGCAUGUGGUGCCUGAACAGGAAGUCAGUAGCCCCUUUCCUUCACCUAAAAACUGUUCUGAACCUAAUUCCAUUUUGAAUGAAGACCAGGACCCAGUGCCCUCAAGUUCCACUUCAUUCCAUGAUGAAGACUCUAUGAUGCUUACGCUGAAGAGCAUUCAGUUCUUCCCAAACGUUAUCAGCCCACUUACCAGUCCUGUCCGCCCGGUAACAAACCAAGCUUUGUCCCCUGGGAAGGCGCCACAUGUUAAAAGCCUGAGUAAAGAAUUCUCCAGUGUGACUGUAACCUUCAGCACCAGCACAAGAAAAAUGGAUGUGAAUAAGGAGAAUGAGAAACCCGACUAUAGCUCCGUGCAGCCCCCACAGAGGGACCAGACCCCGCCUGCAGCCCCCUCCCUCUCCUCCUCCAGCACGACAGAUGAGAAUGAACUAGAAGAGGGAGAGAUCGUCAGUGACACUGAAGAUGGUUCUCCAGUCGCUGCCAGUCCACAGCAGAAUAAAGCCAGUUCUGUGAUGGCCAACAGUAAUCAGUCCAGCCCAAGGUCCGCUCGACUUGCCGAGAAAGACGCCCGGAAGACCCCGGAGGUUUCCGCAGGCGUCUCUGGAGUUGGAGGCAAAGCAAAGCAGAGCAGAUCUAAGAAGAUGUCUCUCCCAAUUGAGAAGCCCUUCAAAACAUUUGUGCCACUUUUGCCCAAAACAAACCCAUCUACCAUCCCUGAGGUCAUGGCCAUGUUCACACAGAUUCACACACACACGAGAAACAAGUAUAUGAAACUUCAUAAAACAUUUCCCAAAAAGUACUUCUACAAUAUAAUUGACAUGUCUCGAGUCUCCUUUACAGACUUUGUAAAUAAUGUGAACUUCAGUAAACUGUGUAGUACGGAGCACAACCUAAAGCCCAAGCUGAACAACAUCAUUUCUGUCUGCAUGAAUAAAAUUUCCAAUAAUGGUAUCGUCAAGCGCAUCUUUGAACAGCAUUCCCCGAGCCUGAAGAAGAAACUGUGGAAUUUUGUGGAAGGUCAGUUUGACUUCUUCUUCAAGGAAAUCAAGGCCACGCUUUUGAGUCAGUGCAGACCAGCAGAUGUGAAACAUUCCUCCAUGAGGAAAUGCAACUUCAAAAAUCCCAAAAAGAAACUGGUUCCAUUGCUGAAGAAACUGCCUGACAGCAUCAUUAAAUCGUCAGUUACUCCAGUGCCCAGCAGAAAGUCAGAACAAACAAAGCCUUCUGCACCACCGGGGAAGAAGACUGCUUUACCACCGGUCAUUCCCCACCGCACUGGUCUGGGGAGCAGAGGUAAAAAUCUGAGGAUGAAUGUGAGUGAGGAAGAUAAGGUUCCAGAAAGGAAAAGGCAAGAUCUGCAACCUGUACAUCACUCUGCAUUCACACCCUCAAAUAAUGCUACUAGUCCAGAAAAACCACCUGCUUUGGUCCGUCGCCUUUCCUAUAGUGCCUCCUUGCAGGAUAAAUCUGAUUAUGACAUUCUCACUGAGCAGCAGACAUCCAGCUUGACUUUUAACCUCGUCACAGACUCCCAAAUGGGGGAGAUCUUCAAGUGUUUGUUGCAGGGUGGCUCAGAUCUGAUGGAAAACAGCGUAUCUGCAGCAGACUCCAACAACUGGUCUGUAAGUACACCUCGGAAAGACAGUACUUGUGCCGAGAGUUUUGCAGGGAUACCACCAGAUGAGGCUGCAACUCCAUCGAAACUCAUAACAGCCUGGUCAGACAUUUCACCAUGCAAAUUCUCUCCCAGCUCAAAAAUUCACAUCCCUCUGAACCCAGCUGUUCUUGACGAAAGUUGUAUGCUGGAGGUCCCCCCAAGCUUACCUUUCGACAGAGUAACACCAUCCUCCACUGUGAUUUCAGAAAGGGCCUAUUCAAUUUUGACUGAGGAUCUGGCAGUCUCUCUCACUAUCCCAUCACCGCUGAAGUCCGAUGGCCAUCUGAGCUUCCUGAACUCCGUUAACAGAGGACCGGCCACAGCACCUGACAGCGUCAUCAGUGCACGUUUAAGCGAGGAUGCUCUGCUGGAUGGGGAAGAUGCUACCGAACAAGACAUUCACCUAGCCCUGGACUCUGACAACACAAGUGUUGAGUCUAGUGGAGGAGGUGCCUCAGAGGAGGCCACCACAUCACCUGUGUUUCAGAUCAAGCCUCAUGUGCCGAUGCAGGCGGUUGUGAUGGAGAAAUCCAAUGACCACUUCAUUGUAAGAAUUAGACAUGCAUCCACUGCUUUUGUGUCAAGCGCCGUCCACAAUCCUGUAGACCUAGACAAACCACAACCAGUAUUUUCAGGAGAGAGAAAAGGUGCAAUGGAGGCCGUGCUUUCAACCUCAGACUUGGCACCUGUUGAUGAAGAGUCUCCGACGUUGGCUUGCCACAAUUUAGCUGAUGUCCAGCUUCCCAACCGAAACGUCACCUGCGAUGCUGGAGGUGCACGUUCCUCUAGACAUGCUACCAAGGAGUCAUCCCUGGUGGCUCAUGAUGAACCAGCUGUGGAGAAUGAUGAAAGUGUCUUCAUAAAAAAUCAAGGCAAGGCUGGAAAGAGGAAGAAGCACCACCCUGAGUUAAAGGCCAAGAAAGCGAGGACUGACGAGGCACAGGGAGGGAAGUCAAGAAACAUGAACAAAGAGAUGAGGAGCCCGAAGGAGAAGAGGAGCGGCUCAGUGUCUAUCCCACUGUCACCCAACAGCCUGUCUGCAAGGAAUGUUGUUAGGAAAAGGGGAGAAGUGGUGGUGACGUGGACCAGGGAAGAGGACAGAGAUAUUCUUAUUGAACUGAAGACGAAGGGGGCCUCACAAGAGACAUUCUCAGCUCUGUCAACGAAGAUAAACAAAUCACCUACCCAGAUCGAGGAGAGGUUUGCCCAACUGAUGAAGCUAUUCAAGAAGAAGGAGAAGAUGAAAAGCUGAGCUGUUGAGGGAUGUGAAAUGUCAGCCUUUCCUGCUUAUGUCACCGAAGAGCUGAAGUAGAUUCCCGUAAUGCCAGAUGCUCAUGAUGUAGCAGCGGCCUGGAAACAGGGCGAUAUUUAAUAUUGGCGGGUUAACCUGAACCAGUCUUUCAGUGGUCCUCUUGGGGGGUGCAUCAAGUGAAGGAGCAACACGGGAGCCUAAUCCUAGGGCGUGCACUUGCAGAGCCAGUACUAGCUGUCCCUAUAAAAGCUGUUUUUGCGGAGGGUGGAUAAGGGGAGGGGCACUUCUGAUGCCCACUGCUGAAACAAGGUAGACUGUUGACAAAGAAUUUCCGAAGUGUCUGUUUACCAAUGGUAAUGUUCAACCUGCUAAUUGGCAAGCAUGUUAACCUGAGUUUGCUGGAUAGUAGAUUUGCAUCCAGCAAUGACUGGAGUUUACCGAGUUAUUCAAAAUGCACAAAAGAUUUCGUGAUGUGGUUCCACUCAAAGGAGACUUUGAUGCUCUUUGGGAAGAAUGGCCAGUGUUACCAGUGCUGAAGUCACGGUUUUUGUACUGAAAUGUCUUCUUUUAAUUACUGGGAGCCCUUGUUGCUUUCAACAACUACCUCAUUCUCCUUUAGGGUUAUAAAUCAGGCCCUUGCACAAUUUAAAGCCUUGAUCUGCUGCCAGAUUUUAGAAAACGCUCUUGUGCUGAUGUAACAUUACAUUAUUGUAUAAAUACAUUUGGAUCCUCGUGUUAUGGGGGGAUCACAUGGGGGAUCACAUGGUGUACAGUUGCAGAAAUUUCAGAACAUUGAGAUUUUAUUCAGCCUUGGCGAUAGCUUUCCGAAUAAAGCCAAGUGCAAGGUACGGCAGUUUAUGGAGACGCGUAACAUCUGCCAUUUUGGAACUGGAACACAAACAUGUACAUGAGCAAUAGAGUUCAUGUACAAAAGAAAUCUGGCAAAUUUUUGUUUCGGUCACAGUCACAACAAAGUUAUUCUGAGGGCAUACGCAGUUCUGGUUAAAAGUGAAUGCAAAUAAAACCCAAGUUUUUGAAAUGUUAAUACUUUUAAUGUAUAAAUGUGUACAGAAAUGAAAUUAUUUUGGAUGCACGUUUGCCUUUUUUAGUUUUUGCUAAAGCAUAAGUCACAAACUUGCUUUGGAAAUAUUCUUUAAAUGUGACUGGUUUUUAAUAAAACUAAUUUAUUUA